UUGGCACUGUAGUCAGUCUCCCUCAUAACCUUUAAAGUUAAUGUAAUUUUUGUUUGUGUGUGACACUGUUCUGUUACAGAAAAUUUUUGUUGUUGUGGUUGUUUGUCUGGGGUUGACAGACAGUAUUUAAAUAUCGCCAUUUGUGUUUACAUUUUUAGUUCUUCUAUUCAUUUUUAUUAGGGGAACUCGUAACAAAUGCCAUUAAUAUAACAUCAUUAGUUAAAACGAGUUUCGCAAGCCUUAAAGCACCGUCCAAAAUGGUCGUGUGCUCUUCAGAACAUGGCUUGCAAGCCGAAAUAAUCUUUGUUAUUGAAGGUACGGCCGUCAAUGGAGCCUACAUAAACGAUAUCAAAACGAAUUAUAUCAUGCCUUCAUUAGAGUAUUUCAGCCAAGGAAACCUGGAUGAUAACAACUACUUGGAGGACUCAACAUCAAUUUAUGGUAUUGUGGUGUAUCAAGCAGCUGAUUGUUUACCACAUCCAAGCACAGAUACUUUUGGACCAUUUACCAGUGCUGCAAAAGUGUACUCAGCUAUUGAAAGAUUAGAACUUGUAGGAGGUAAAGGUGAAUCUCAUGCCAACAUAGCAGAAGGUUUGGCUACUGCACUGCAUUGUUUUGAGGAGCUGCAAUCUAAAAGAGAUGCAAAUUCACAGCAAAACAUUCAAAAACAUUGUAUCCUUAUUUGCAAUUCACCACCUUACACAAUGCCAGUUCUUGAGUCACAGACUUAUUCUGGGAAAAAUUAUGAACAGCUGGCUGGCAUUUUACAAGAGAAUAAUAUAAAUUUGACAGUAAUAUCGCCCAGGAAAAUUCCGUCUUUGUACAAGUUAUUUGAGAAGGCUGGUGGUGAUUUGUCUGCAUCACAGACCAAAAACUAUGCAAAGGAUCCUAGACAUUUAGUGUUACUUAAAGGAUUCAGUUUGAAAGAAAGACCAAUUAGUCCGCCACCAACGAAUAAUGUACCAUCAACUCAACAACAAAUCCAAAACACCACGGUCCCAAUAGCAUCGUUACCGAGUCCAGGUGGCGAAAGUCCAAUUUCGGGAUCGAAUCCCAACAACACAAACAUCAUGGGACCGAACGCCAACAAUGUGGUUGGUGUCAACGCUGGACAAAGUCCUGGAUACAGGCCGCAAAAUACUCAAGAAUUCAUCGGGGUUAAUGCAAUGCCACCACAUCAACAAGGUAUGGUGCAAGGACAAAAGGGUGUUGGUGGUGUUGGAGUGCAAGGAGUGGGAGUAGGAGGUAGAAUGAUGGGGAAUCAACAGAUGCCCAUACAACAAAUCAACGCUCCUCCUCAAUAUCAUGCAGCUGGUGGACACCGUUGGCCAAUGUUACCUCCAGUACAACAGGCCAACCGACCAUACAUGCAGAACAAUCCGUCGGUGAACCCAACAACUCAGCCCGGAAGCGCUCUAAUCGCUCAACUCACCCAGCCGCCUUCUACCAUGCCUGGCAACGCUGUCAGUCAAUUCGGACAAAUUAACGCGUCAUCUCCAAAGUUGAUAAACAUGAAUCAGCAGCCGAACAUUCCCUCGUCAAUGCCCAGCCAACCAGGUAUCCAAACUUCGAUGGCUGGCAUUCAAACGUCGCAAGCCAAUCCAGUUGUUACAUCACAGGCACCGAGUCCCUCUCAGCCCCAGGCCAGAGAAAGGCACACUAUUUGGUCCGGGCUGCUAGAAUGGAUAGAAAAACCCAAGAAUGCUACGACCGAUCAACAAAAGAUAACGAAGCACGUGCCGUGUCAAGUAUCCGCCAACACAAAAGAAGGAGAACCCGAACUAAAAGCCGACGGUUGGCCACCAAAGCUCAUAAUGCAGCUAAUGCCAAAACAACUUAUUGGCAACAUUGGAGGAGCUUACCUCAAAAAUUCAAAGUCCGUUUUAUUUCAUCCUUCAAAUUGCGAGGCCUUGGAGUCAUUAACUCGUGUAAUGAGUUCAGGAUUUGCCGGAUGCGUGCAUUUCACAAGUUCACAAAAUUCACCUAGUUGCGAUAUUAAGGUGCUAAUUCUGUUGUACACCUCAGACAAACGGGCCUAUCUGGGUUUUAUCCCCAAUGAUCAAGCCGCCUUUGUCGAUAGAUUGAGGAAAGUUAUUCAACAACAAAAGUCCACACAGCAGAUGAAACAAAAUAUGGGUGGUGUUGGACCUAACAUCCAACCGGGACCGAACGGCCCGUUGACAAUGGGCGGCACGCCGCCCCAGAUGGGAGUCAACAACCCCGUGUCGUCCCAGAGCCCCCAGCAGGGUAUGAUGAUCUCUCAGACGAACACGUUGUCAAUGGGUGGUGGUCAGAUCACUCAGAAUGUCGUCACGUCCUCCGGACAGCAGAAUCCGGGAAUGGGUGGUGUUAUGGGCCAAAACGUUCCCGGUGUUGGGAUGCGCCCAAAUAUCCGCAUGCCGGGUAUACAGCAAGGUCAGGCGCAGUCCAAUAUGCAACAAGGAGAAUUUGACGGUAAGAUCUGUUUGCAGAGCAAACGAAUUGAAGAUUAUAUUUCAAACAUUUCAGGUAUGAUGGGUGGUCAAGUACAACGGGCGCCGUUCGAGAACCAGCUGCAAGUUGAACGCCAACAGAAUCUGGAAAAGAUCAAUCAGCUUCGACAGACUCUCGAAGCAGCGCAGCAGCAAGAGCAACAGUAUAAGAGCCAGUUGGAGCGCAUCAGCCAUAUGAAGACUUCACAACUGCAGGAAGCAUUGCAGCUGGCACAGCAGACUGAGUUGCAAUUCAAAAUGAUGGAUCAACAGAGACAAAUUGGAGGUGCGCCAGGCAAUCCUCAGCCAAAUCUUGGUCAACAACAGACUAGAAUGAUGCGUCCUGUGAUGACAAACAAUCCUGGCUUAAGACAUUUGCUGCAACAGCAACCUCAAUACAGACAACAAAUGAUAAAUAUGCAACAAAUGGGAACAAAUGGUCCCAGACCACAAAUGAACCAGCAAAUGCCCCAACAAGGCAAUAAUCAAACUGCUUCUUUUGAUGAAGUAUCAAAUUUUGACUUUAUGUGAAUUGAAUGUAUAUUUGUUUUAAUAUUUAUAUUUUAAAUAUUUCCCUUAGACUUAAUAUUGUUUUUAUACUAUAUUUAAUAAACGUUCU